AUAAAAAAACAUUCAAAUAUUACACUGACGAUGAUUAAAAAAAAUCAAUCCAACAAACCAUGAAUACUCUACUUCUUGGACAAACAUCACUUGUUCUUUUCUCUUCAACCUCAUUAAACCAAAACAAUAUUAAUUCAUCAAUAAAAUGUCAACUCAACACAAACGCCGGCAAAGGCUUUACAAGCAGAAAACCACCGCAAAAUGCAAAAGAAAACACUCAGCUUGACAUCAAAACCACCGCCACCAACUCGAAAGAUCGAAAAAAGAACGAAGACGACGAAAUACCACAAGAAGUUGUCUAUAGGAUUAUAAAAAGAAUCUUGAUAUCUGUUGGUGGACCUAUGGCUCUUGGCUUAGCAUCCUUGAAAUUUUUUGGAUAUGUUAAAGAGGAAGGGAUUUGGGAUGUGCCUAUUGGGGUUGUAUUUGGUACAUUGUUUCUAACAUUUGGGGCUUCUGCUUUGGGAAUUGCCUAUGGAGCUUUAUCUUCAAGUUUGGAUGCAAAUAGGGAAGGUUCUUUGCUUGGGUUGGAAGAAAUCCAAGAAAAUUGGGUUGAGAUGUGGAAAGAAGAAAAUGAAGAGAAAGAAGAUGAUAUAUACUAAUACAAUUAAGUAGAGGGUGAUAUGAAUAUCACAUUGAUUCUUGAAAUGUUUGUAAUUUUACUUUUAUUUCUUUUCUUGAUAGUAGAUUGAUCCCUUGUUUAA